AUGCUGGACACCGAAUCAGGUGGGUCUUCUCCAUUUCCUCCUGUAGGUUACAGAUCAGAUGGGUCUUCUCCAUUUCCUCAUGUAGGUUACAUAUGUCUAAACACAGCAACGGCUUCGAUUCUUGGCCAGUCGGCUGUAUCGGAGAGUGCCACUGUCCACUGUUUCUUCUUUGUUCGAGAAACCACCUUCGUGAAUUCAUCAAUCGGUGUUCAAUGGGGUGAGGUUGCUAGGCAGCAGAUACGGGCAUUGAAUAAUGAGCGAUUGGCAAAGGAGAAGACUAAUGCCUACUUGCGAAACCUCAGUAAAUUGCAACAUUAUUGCCAUGUGAAGCAUCGUGAAGAUAUUGGGUUGGGUGCUAGCUGGUUGAUAGCGAUCCUCAGUGCAAAUAUCGUUGAUAUUGGCUCCCUUCUAGGCGACAUUACCAACACUGGUGAAGCACUGCUGGCCAGUCUCAUAACCUCGCAUCCUUUGAUUGGAACGGUGUGUCGUCGUGGUGAUCAGACAGCCUUUCAUUUCGACAACUUGCUCAGUCGCACAGUUGCGCUGAUGGAUGAACCAAGGGUUACGACGGCGGCAAAGAAUGAUUAAGUUUAUUUAAAUGAAGAUGUAGAUCAAGAGUAUCAUGAUGGAGGCUAA